UCCCAACUUAGAUCAAUUUUGUAUUUAUCUUACAGGGGUCAUUAAAAUACCGUACCAACCAAGACACUGAGAUAGUUUUGUAUUCCUUUAAUGAAUCUUAAAUGUGAAAAGAAUUAUGAUAAAAGAAAAACUAGAUCAGGGCCGAGGUGGGACUGUAUUUAUUGAUGAUGCUUUUCGCCUUCCAUAGUAGGACGGCAAGCGAUCCAAGCGCCUUCUCAAUUGUCUAACAUGUAACUAAAUAAAAUGGCUAGAUACUAACCAUCUCACCAGUGACAUGCAGUUUUAAAAAAAUUGUGCACCAAUGUCCUACCCGUGUUUUUCACACUAACUACUUAUAACAUGCACUCACAGUAUACACAAUUCAUAUUGAAUUAACUAACUCACUUCAAGAAGUAAUUAAUAUUCCAUUAACAACAAAAACAAUGUUUCUCAUUACACUCCUUGCAACACUUAUCUACCCAAGACUGUUAUUACUACUUCCUGUUGUAUUGGCAGUUGGUCUACUCUUGGUUAGAUUUUGGGUUAAGAGAAAAUCAGCAAGAAAAUUUCCAAACACUUUCACUAUUGGAUUCUUCCAUCCUUACUGUAAUGCUGGAGGAGGUGGUGAAAGAGUGCUGUGGACAGCUAUUCGUGCUUUACAGAUAAAGUAUGGCCCAAAAAUAACCUGUGUUAUAUAUACUGGAGAUCUCAACGUUAACGGCCAAGACAUUCUUCAUCGUGCUGAGCAGAGAUUCAACAUAGUUCUUCCACAUCCAGUUGAUUUUAUCUUCCUGAAAAAACGAAAGUUUGUUGAAGCCAAAAUGUACCCUCAUUUUACUCUUCUUUGCCAAAGCCUUGGUUCUUUAAUCAUUGGUUUUGAAGCUCUAUUUUCAUUUGUACCUGACUUGUUCUGUGAUAGUAUGGGUUAUGCUUUUACUCUUCCACUCUUUAGAUAUUUAGGUGGCUGUCAGGUUUCUUGUUAUGUACAUUAUCCCACCAUCAGCACAGAUAUGAUUAGUCUCAUUACUGACCAGACGGCUACUUACAACAAUUCAGCUUCAAUUUCUUCAAAUCCGGUACUGAGUCGUUUAAAACUUAUAUAUUAUAACAUAUUCGCAUGGAUAUAUUCUCUGGUUGGCAGGUGUAGCUCAGUUGUUAUGGUCAAUUCUUCAUGGACAUAUGGACAUAUUUCAUCUCUUUGGAAAGUCUCCAGCACUAAAAUUGUAUAUCCUCCUUGUGAUGUUACUGAGUUCCUCAAGAUACCUUUACAGAGAGAUUGCAAAAUACAUUCUAUUAUUUCCAUUGGUCAGUUCCGCCCAGAGAAGGAUCAUCCAUUACAGAUUAAAUCAUUUGCCAAAUUUUUGUCUCAAGUUCCUGAAAAAUCACAUUCUUUAUAUAAAUUACAAUUAGUUGGAAGUUGCCGAGACAGUGAAGACACUAAAAGAGUUUCAGAACUGAAAGAGCUGGCUUUAAUUCUUGGUGUUUCGCACUAUGUUGAUUUCCACUUAAAUGUUUCUUUUAGUGACUUGAAACAACUAUUAUCUGAAGCUGAAAUUGGUUUACACACAAUGUGGAAUGAACAUUUUGGAAUUGGUGUUGUAGAGUGCAUGGCUGCUGGGACGAUAAUUUUGGCUCAUGACUCUGGUGGCCCCAAGAUGGACAUUGUUGUGCAACAUGAUGAAAAUAGAACAGGUUUUCUAGCUUCAGAUGUGGAUAAUUAUUCAGAUGCCAUGAGAACAAUAUUUGAUUUGUCUGAAAACGAGAAAAUGAAUAUCCGCAGAAAUGCCCGAUCACACAUUGAAAAAUUUUCUGAUAAACAAUUCUCUGACCAAUUUAUGAAUGUCCUGGAACCAUUGAUUAAAAUAAACAUUUCAUGAAAUUUGA